UUAGCUUUCACUGCUCAACAACAAGAAGAGGGAUUCCAUCAAAGCUUGAUGUCUGCACAAGAAAUUUCUGCGGCAACAAUAGACUUCUUCAACCAUAUCCAUCAUCAGGCUCAUCAAGUCAUGACAACAUUUGAGGACAGUCGAACUGAAAAAUCUCGGAGACUAGCUGCUUUUGAGAAGUUGUUUAAGGAAGAGGCUGCUAGAGAGGAAAAGCAAGCAUUGGAAAGUAUAGCAGUAAUACUAGCGAAUCUAACAUCUAAGAAAACUGCUAUGGUCGUGGAGGCUUCAAAGAAUGUUUAUGACUUGGAUAUACAAGAGAAUAAGAAAUUGCAGCAACAGAUGUUGAGCAUGCAACAGAUUUCAACUGAUGCCAAGGAGGAGCUAAAUAACUACGUAGCAAAGAUGGAAAACUGUUUCAUGAAAAAUACAUUUUCGGUGGCUGAAUCUAGGGCUAUGAUUGAAAAUUGCCUCCAAGAAUG